UAAAUCUCAAAUCUCAUAAGCAUCUGAGGAACAAAAGAAUGAUGAUCAUCACGAGAACAUCUAUCUUUGCUUUCCUACAAUUGCUAAUGAUUGAGUCAGCAGUAGGCCAGGCUCUGGUGAAGCCUGGUUAUAAAGAGCGUUGUGGGAAUGUCAGCAUUCCAUAUUCCUUUGGAAUCAGAGCAGAUUGCUACAUGCACAAAGGGUUUGAGGUCUCCUGCAACAAAACUUCCAACCCUCCUACAACUUUACUAACCAGCAUAGAGACUGAGGUGCUGUAUUUCUCUCUUGAUCACGGCAUAGUUAAUGUCCAAAUGCCAAUCACAUCCCAGCAGUGUUCUGUUAGUUUGAAAUUUUUGGAUUUCUCGGGAAAUCCUUUCAUGUUCUACAAAAAGAGAAUGUCGUUGCCCCCUGAGGGAUAUGUUCCAGCUGUGUUAGACUGGGUGAUUACUGAUGAGGAUGCAUCACAAUUACCAUAUAUUAUGAUCAUGCAUUUAAUUGUUCCCAGUUUAAUGGUACCAUUGCUAAUUCUUCCUUCUUUUAUAAUACUUCUUCGCUCCCUACCUUAUGGAUGUCAAGGCUGUUAUUUGGAGACUGAAGUUCCUCUGCUUGUUUAUGAAUUCAUCUCCAACGGGACACUUUUCCAGUACAGACAUGAUCAAAAUGAGGACUUCCCAUUAACCUGGGAAAGAAGGAAAACAACUGCAGCGGAAGUUGCAGCUGCACUUUCGUACUUGCACUCAGCAGCCUCCAUUCCCAUUUAUCAUAGAGAUGUCAAGUACUCAAAUAUUCUACUAGAUGAAAAGCACAGGGCAAUAGUUUCAGGCUUUGGGGACAUCAAGAUCAAUUGCCAUUGAUCAAACUCAUUUGAGCACAAAUGUGAAGGGCAUAUUUGGGUACUUGGACCCUGAAUAUUUCCGAUCAAGUCAAUUUACAAAAAAGAGUAAUGUUUACAGCUUUGGAGUUGUCCUGGUUGAGCUCUUAACUGGAGAAAAACCAAUUUCUUUAGUAAGGACAAAGGAAGUGGAUGCAAGAAGUUUGGCCUCACAUUUCAUUUUUUCCAUGGAAGAGAAUAGACUCUUUAAUAUUCU